AUGAGCAGUAAUGUUGUUUUUAAAGAAGGCGAUUUCAUACGAUUGAAUAAAGAUAAGUAUGCAAAGAUAGUCAGUUUAGACCCAGAAGGAAGACUCCAGUUUCAAUAUUUGGAUGCUUAUCAUUCUGGAAAUAGGGAUGAUUUCACUUUCAUUCCAGAAGAUGAAAUUCCAAAAUAUCCUGAAUAUAGUUGCUAUAGAGAAUAUAAAACCGUGUUAACAGAAACAGAUCCAUACACACAAGCAAUGGAUAAUACUAAAAUGCCCCGACCAGUGCUAAAUUUAACGCUACGACCAAAAAUUGGAGAUCUAAUUUAUGUUCCUAAAACAAACUCUGUUGGCGUUUUUAUUUCAAUCGAUAACAAACCACAAAUUUAUACUAUCAAUCAACAUCAUGAAGAAUUAAAUAGUGACGAUGAAUUCCAAAUCGCAACCGAUAAGUUAAUCUGCUAUGAUGUUAAUGAGAAAAGAAUAAUUCCAGGAGAUAAUUUGUUAAUAUAUUCAAAGGAAACAUUCAUACGAGCUACAGCAUUACACCCAUAUGAUGGAAAAGUGUUUUGCUUUUCAAAUCAAGGGUACGAUUGGUAUGAUUCAUAUAAUAUCUACGAUUUUACAGCAAAUAGCCAAAAAUAUUCCGUUGGUAUGGUUAAAAUGCAAAAUACACAAGAAUAUCAUGUACUUUUUGUUAUGAAAUCAGGUGAUGUUUGCAUUUUAACCGAAAAUGAUCGCCCAGAGUUACUGCCGCUGAGUGAUUAUGGAACCAGAUGGAAAUUUGUGAAAACUAUGGAAGGAACAGUUGUUGCAAAUACAAGCGCUCCUGGACAGAAUUCUCCAAAUACAAAUUCAAGACAAAAUUCGAACCAGAAUUACAUUCCACCUCCAAAUUCCAUGCAAAAUUCAGGUCCUAAUUACAAUAUGGGUCCAAACAAUCCUCAAAAUCAAUAUCCAAAUAAUAAUCGUGGCCCUAAUCCUAUUUUCAAUCCAAAUUCAGGCCCAGGAUACAUGCAACGAAAUCCACCAAAUUAUCCUCCAUCUUCUGGCCCGCCGCAUCCACCAAUGCAAAGAAUGUCGUCUGCUCCUAAUCCGAGUGAACCAGAUUAUCCAGAUCGUCGGUUUAGAGAUCCCAGAGACAACUAUAAUGAUUUUGGCCCACCAAUGAAUUACAAUGGAAAUUCACGCCAUUCCGGACCUCCUCCUCCCCAGAAUUCGUAUCCACGACCAGAUGAUUCGAACUAUCCUCCACCUCCACCACCGGGAUAUGAUCGCCCACCCCCGAGACCAGAUUCAAGAUAUUCAGAUUACAGACGCAGUCCACCUCCGCCGCCGCCACCACCGCCGCGUAGAGAUGAAGAAUUUCCACCGAGAUCAUACAGUAGAAAUGACGAUUCUCCUCGUCCGCCACCAAGAUACAACGAUUAUUCUUCUUCACGCCGAUACGAUGAUGAUUAUGAUGACAGACACCACCAUCAUCAUCACAGAUCGAGAAGGAGUUAUUCCGAUGACGAAGAAUACGAUUACAAUCACGAUUCCUACCGUAGACAUGAAAGACCAUAUGAUAGAGACUAUUCACAUCCACACGACAGAGACUAUUCAUAUGAUAGGAAAUAUUCAAAUGAUAGAGAGUAUUCAUCGAGAUCUAAAAGUCCUCCGACAACAAGCACAAGCAGUGUAUUAUCUUCAAUCAAUUUCGAUCAACCUGAGAAGAAGGAGUUGACAAAACGCGAAUAUAUUUAUGAUAUAGAGAAAAAGGGAACAGCUGAAACAGUUUUCAACCACGAAAAAGUUUAUAAAGGAGUUAUCGCUGCUGUGCCAUAUAUUGGAAAGAACAUUCUUAUUAAUAAUAUAGAAAAUGAUGUGAUUAUAUCAUAUCAAAUUGUCGAUACAACAUUCGAAAUGCCACUUUCUAAUUCUACAAAUUACGGACCAAUCAAACUCCAUCAGAUUCAGAUAAUUAGGCCAAGUGAGAAAGGACAAAAAGCAGGUUUCUUUGACAACAAAGGUGAAUGGCAUAAUGGAUCUGUUGUUGAAUUCAAUCCAAAAAGUGUUAAGAUAGAUUAUUUGAUUAAAAUAGGAAAUGGAAAGACAAAGCAUGUAUCUGAUUCUGUUCCAAUUAAUCGUGCACUUAGAACCUCCAAUUACUAUUAA